GAUAUUCUGCACAAUUUAUGGAGAUUAAAAAGAGAAAAAAAAAAAAAACUAAAAAAGGAAACAUAAUAUAUGAAUUCAAGAAGAAGAAAGAGGGAAGUUCUUAAGAGUCGGUCUAGGAACAAAAUUAGGAGUUUAGACCGUGGAUUUGGGCGACGAUUGUGAAGGGGUCCAUUCCAUUCACGUAGUUGCAUUAGAUUUGGUAGUAAAAAAGAAUUAGUUUGAAUCUUAUUUCAAAAAAUAAAAAAUAAAAAAUGAAGAUGAACUCAUUCAUUCAUAGUUUGAUGAUUUAUCAUUAAAAAGGAAUUAUUGGGUUUGGGUGUGACGAAAAUUCCAUGUAAAUAUAUGUAUUUAAUGAUUCUGUAAAUCGGUAAUUCAGACAGUGUAACAACAACUGGGGUGUGGAGAAAAAUCCGAAGUUCUCAGAUUCUUUAAUUCAAUUUUCCUCUCUCUUUCUCUCAGAGAGGAGUGGGAGAAUUUCAUUGUGUGUGUAUUCAAAAAAACUUUGGAAAUCUCUUCAAUGUUUCCCUUAUGAGUUGCCGUUGUUUACUCCAUUACCAAACGAGAUUUUCUGGAAUCUUAAUACACAAAUGCAGAUUUUGUUUCCUUUCUUCUUCCUCCGUUUCUUAUUAGAUUUUCCAUUUAGAGUUUCUUCCCUUUUCUGAAAAGGAGAAAAUUUCCAGGGGAGGGGGAGGAUUUGGAUUUUUGGGUUUCCCAUUAAGAAAGAUUUUGCCUUUGCUGUUACAUUCCUUUCUCAUGAUUAUGUGGCAGUGAUGAUGGAGUUGGUGGGUUGUAUAUAUUGUGGUCCUCACUUUUGGGUUUUCUCUACAAUUGUUCUUCAUCAUCAUCAAAAUCAAAAUCAUCAUCAUCAUCAUCCUCCUCUAGAUCGAUUACGAUGAUGGUGUGAUUAGUUGAUGGCCGAUGAGCAAGAAGGGGAUGAUGAUGGCUCAAGAGGACCAAACACAACAAAAGCAUAGUAAUAGUAGCAGUGGCAGCGGCGGCGCCGGCGCCGCCGGUGGUGGAGGAAAUAAUUACAAUUACCAUCACCAUCAUCAUCAUCAUUACGGUAAUGGUGGUGGGAGUAAUCAUAAUAGUAGUAAUAGAUCUCAGAAAAAGAUGAAACAGAAGAAAGUACCACAAAGAGGGUUAGGUGUAGCCCAGCUUGAAAAGAUUAGGAUGGAAGAACAGAAGAAAAAAGGGGUGGUUUUGUUGUCACCCAGUAAUUCAUCUUCUUGUUUAUCAUCUGUUCAAUGUCCUCCUCCUCCACCUCCUCCUCCUCCUCCUCCACCUACCUUUAGGCCUAGUAUCAUUAUUCCUACUAAUUCUUCUUCCUCUGCUUUAGCCCCUUUUCAGCCACCAUCACCAAGUGAUCUCCCUUCACCCAAUUCCCUGUUUAGAACCACAAUCCCGCCACCAAAUGUUGAUGUUCUGAAUUCUUCUAAUCCAGUUCGUUUUCCUAAAUCACUGAGUGUUGGAAAUGGUGAGAUGGGUUGUUGGCCUACAGUUCCUGUUCCCACAGGGCAUGGUGGUGGUGGUGCUGGUGGUGGGGGGAAUUGGCCUAAAGUUUGGACUAAUGGUGAAUAUGGUGGUCUUGAAAGAAAUGAUCAUCGGAUGGAUCAUCAUCAUCAUGGAUUUGUUUAUAGGCCUAAUAUGAAUUUGCCUUUUGAGUCUGGUCCUCCCACUCCAUUUAUGCCUAUCCCAAAUGGAUUGCAAAGAUCCCACCAGUUUCCCCAACAAUCUUCUUCAUCCAUGGUGAAUAUCUCAUCCGGGAUUUCGCCAUCCUCUAUUCUGAAUUUUCAGACAGAGCCCCCUUCAAACCAAAAUUUAUGUGCAGGCAGCAACUAUACUCCUUUGUGGCCAGAUGAAGAGAAGAUGGUUGGCAUGAAGAGACCAUACCCGUUUACUAUGGAAACUCCGCCAGCCCCUGCAUUUCACUUCAAAUACACUCCCAGUAGUGUAGCAUCUGUUCCGAAAUCGGAGGAAUCAACGUCUUGCAGCAACACUUGUAAUGUCAACACUGAUCCGGGAUUUCGUGUCAUCAGAGAAGGCCCUCUAAGAUCAAAUGCCCUAUCAGAACCAAACCAUACAGAAGUCAAGGAAACAGAAAACGGAAUGCUGAAUGGAGAUUUUCUCUCACUGGCACCUCCAGCAGCUGCAGUUGCUCCUGCUGCUUCCUCUCAUUUGCGUUCACAAUAUGCUUUUGCUAAUUCUGGUCUUCUAAGCCAAUUCAACAGCGAUGGCAGCAUCCCUGAACAGGCGACGAGUAAAGCAAUCCGACCGCCUUUCUUUAGCUUUUUCCCCGCGGCCAAAAAGGAGAUUGGCCAAGUUACAAACUCUUCAUGCAACCGCAAUGGAGAACUUAGAGAAAAAGUUGAUCUCAGCUUGAAACUUUAGAAGUUAUUUGACUGGCUUACGUGAUUACUGUUUUGAACAGUGUGUCAUCCAUCAUUCUUUCUGGAAUGCCUUGCUCAUUUCUUCCAUAUAGAACUAGAUCAUCAAAUCUCAACCUUGAUGAUAGUUGAACAUAUGAGCUUCUUGGAUCGAAAUACCAUGGGAAACAAAGAAAAUGAGGUUCAGAUUCCGUGGGUUCCCUUCCUCUCUGGUGCUCCCAUUUCAAUGCUGUAGAAAAGAGUUCUCAUGAUUCAGUGCUGUGGAAUGGAACAUAGUUGUCUAAAGCCUUCAUAUUCCGCGGCUUAUAAACGCAUAUGUUUUGUUCAAGUUUUGCUAGUUGGAUUGGAUUUUUUUCUUUGGCAUAGGAGCCCCAUUUACCAUAUUUUUACCCCUUGUGAUUGUAUCAUUAUAUUGUUAUGAUUGAUUUUUGUUCCAAUCCUUCAGUGUCACCUUUUAAAACUUGAAUACUAAAAUAUGAUCAGCUCAGCUUUGAUAUUCAAUUGGAACGCUCCUGUUCCUUCCAGAGGAUUCAACACGUUAAUUUUGUCAGAUUUAUUUCUUUCACCAAUAUUAAUGACAGUAAAAUUGACCAAAUUGCAAAAUUUUAAUGCAUAACACACUGUCCAAAGAUGAUUAUUCUGUAACGUAAUAUAUAAUUGAUAAGGUGGAACCCUAUGGAGAUAUUGUUCUUUCUUGAUUCAGAGAGAUUGGUCAAAUUGGAACCCGGUGGAGAUAGUGUUCUUCCUUGAUUCAGAGUGGAUCAAACGCUUCUUGUUCAAUAAUGUUAAUCUAAAUGCUUCAACAAAAUUAACCCAAAAAUGUGUGCAAGCCUAACUUAAUUUAUCCUAGAUAUAACCUAAGCAUGGUAGAUUCAUUGCAAAUUCUCUAAUUUGACGGUAGCAAACAGAUUCAAAAACCUCCACAAUCAAGUUCAAAAAGGAGAAUGACAGCAUCAGUACUUUGGAGAAAAAAUGACAGGUGAAAAUAGCUGAAGAUGUAAAGGGGCAAAAAACAGCCGUUAGUACAAUAUCAGUUCUUAGGAAGUUCGUUCUCCGUGACAGUGACUGUCAAUGUUUUCAAGAUAUCAACGCGAUAUUCACUCCAGAACUGUUGUGACUCUCUAAAAGUCCAUACAAAGGGUACAUUCUACGACCAGCCAAAAACAUAGUCCAGGACAUAGACAAGUGCCAGAGAGAAUGGGUAGAGCAGAAAAGCUAUCAGACAUGUCCAAAGAGGAAAUGUUGUACGUAGACUGCCGAAAACUCCCAUCACAACGCAAACAAUCAAGAUAACCAACACUUCUGAUGAGAAAUCCCAUGUUAGCCCCCUAACAUAUACAAGUGCUAAGAAGACUGAUAAGCACAACAAGUUGUUCAUGGUGACUGCUCCAUAUAACUGCAGAGAAGAAAAAACAAGGGGUGAAACUUAAAGCAAAAAGGGUAAGUAACCCAUUACUCCAAGAAAUGCAUUAGGUGUUAAAAAAAGUUAUAUACCUCCGAAAAUGUUAGAGAGGCAGAUCUAAGCUUCUUCCUGCUGGCAAAGAUAAUUGCUGAUACUGCCUCACUUGAGUUAGUUGCUAGUGGCAACGCUAUGAAUGAGAUGAAAAAGGAAGGAAUACUAGUGGCACUUGAGAAAUUAUCAACUGCAUCGACCAAGGGAUCCGCAAAUGCAGCAGCUAUAGCAGUACCCAGCAAUAACAGCAAUACAGCCUUCAAAGAGGUCCUUUGAGGAUUUUCAACACCCUCAACAAUCUCGUCGCUCUGAUCCUGCUCCUGCUCCCCCAAAAAGUAAUGAUCUCGCCUUGUUUGCU